UGAGGAGGUUACAAGGGGAGAUGGCGGAGGAGAAGGUCCUGGUGACGGGCGGCGCCGGCUACAUCGGCAGCCACACGGUGCUGGAGCUGCUGGAGGCGGGCUACGUCCCCGUGGUCGUCGACAACUUACACAACGCCAUCCGGGGGGCCGGGGGCGUCCCCGAGAGCCUGCGCCGCGUGGAGGAGGUCACGGGGAGGACCGUGGAGUUCGAGGAAGCGGACAUACUGGACGGGGCGGCCCUGCGGGCGCUCUUUGAGAAGCACCACUUCACGGCCGUGAUCCACUUCGCGGGCCUGAAAGCGGUGGGAGAGUCGGUGCGGAGACCCCUGGACUACUACCGCGUCAACCUCACGGGAACCAUCCAGCUGCUGGAGACCAUGCGCGCCCACGGGGUGCGGAAGCUGGUUUUCAGCAGCUCGGCCACGGUGUACGGGGCCCCCCGCUACCUCCCGCUGGACGAGGGCCACCCCGUCGGGGGCUGCACCAACCCCUACGGCAAGUCCAAGUUCUUCAUCGAGGAGAUGGUCCGGGACCUGUGCCGGGCCGAGGAGGGCUGGCAGGCCGUGCUGCUGCGUUACUUCAACCCCACCGGGGCCCACCCGUCGGGCCGCCUCGGCGAGGACCCCCAGGGCAUCCCCAACAACCUGAUGCCCUACGUCUCGCAGGUGGCCGUCGGCCGGCGGGAGAUCCUGAGCGUCUUCGGCAACGACUACGCCACGGAGGACGGGACAGGCGUCCGCGAUUACAUCCACGUGGUGGACCUGGCCAAAGGUCACAUCGCUGCCCUGGGGAAGCUGAAGGAAAACUGCGGCUGCAAGGUCUAUAACCUGGGCACGGGCACCGGCUACUCGGUGCUGCAGAUGGUCGGGGCGAUGGAGAAAGCGUCGGGGAAGACGAUCCCCUACAGGGUCGUGGCCCGGAGGGACGGCGACGUGGCCGCCUGCUACGCCGACCCCAAGCUGGCCGAGGAGGAGCUGGGCUGGAAGGCCGCCUUCGGCCUGGAUAAGAUGUGUGAGGAUCUGUGGCGUUGGCAGAAGAACAACCCUCACGGCUUCAGCGCCACGGCCUGAGGGGGUGCCGGCCAGGAACAGGGCGGCGCAACCGCGUCUCCUUCCCCCCGGUAGCCCGGGACCCGCCGGGCAGCGGUCACCCCUGCCUCGGUGGGCCGCCCGACUGUCUCGAUCCCACCCCACCCCAUCGCUCCUUCUCCGGGGGCACCCGCCUACCUCACGUCGCCCCAGGGAGGGUCAGUCCCUGCCCCUCUUCCCACCUGGGGUCCGUCCCCUUCCCCUUGCGGGACCAACUCCAGGGGCCGGGGGGACUCCACAGUCCCCCCCUCAGCGACCAAAAGACGGGAACAAGGCUGGGGCGGGGAUGACGGGACACAGGGACCACGUUCAGAGCGCAGCUGGGUAACCCCGAUUAACUUAUGAUGCAGCAGACACCUUCCACGGGGGCUGGCAAUAAAGUUUCUUACGUUUUCUCCA